UCAAAAUUGUAGCCUGUUUUUUUUACAAGAAUUAAAAAUGAAAAUACUAAAUUACUUUUCUUCGAUUGGACAAUGUGCCAAGCCGAUCCUACGAACUUAUACAAGUCCAGCCGCCGAUCUACUAAAACUUCCAAGAGUUGACAUCAAAGAGGGGAAACUUCGUUAUUUAUUGCUCUCAGUUUACAUUCAUGGUGAAACGAAGAAUGCCAGGACUGUUGUCCGUGGAUGGAACACCGAUAGUCACGAUGAUAUUUACUACAAGAAUGUAAGAGCCAUGGAGAAAUUGGGACUGUGUACCAAGUGUCUUGGUGGUGGGAAGAUGGACAAUGAUGAAAGUUCUAGGAAAAUUAAAAUCCACGGUAGCUGUAAGACCUUUGGAGCUGCUAACCACCACAAAACAAAGGAAAUACUACUCUCAUCGUCCAAAUACAAGAAUUUCAAUAUCACCGUGAAGAAAUAAAAAUGAUAUUUUUGAAGCUUGGUUCGUGCAAAAUAAAAACAUUGGCACAGUAUA